GAAGCUGUAACCGGCGAAAGGUAUUCUGGGGAAUGACAAAAUUUCUGUCAGUGCAACAACUUGUCACUAACUUUCAUAGGACGGCUUUUGUAAGAAUUAAACUUUUUACAACAUUCACGUGAUUUCAGGAUCCUGUAGUACCGCUGGUCACAUGGUAAAAGGCAUGUGUCAUGUGCUUGAUUACGCUCAAGCUGAACUUGGUAAAACCGAGAAAUUGUUUUCUUGGGCUGACCGGGCGGUUUCAUUUACCACCAAAAACAUGCUCUUCAUAAACAAGCUCUCUUUUAGUGGAAAAUUAACUGCUUCAUUCGAUGCAACGCAAAUGCUGUCGGUGGAUCUCACGUUAUUUGAUACAAACUUAAAUUUUGACUUGAAAAUAGAUUUAAAGAACAUCCUCAGUAGCGCUAAGGACUUGGCUGUGAAAGCUUUGUGGCACUUCAUCGAACGAUACUCUUUUCGGAUUACCAAGGCAAUCUAUGGCACUCCGAGUGACAAAUCUGAUUAUCAGUUGUCAGGUGAGAUGAAAAUUGUUAGUAUGGAUAGUAAUGAAUGCUUGGCAGCCGUGGUUUCGAAAGAUCGACCGCUCUAUACUGAUGGCUGUGAUAAAGCAACAACGGUCUUCGCCUACACAAUGGCCGGAGCAAUCAUGAAUAUCCAAUCAGGUCUCUGUUUGACAUUCAAGGGAAUGAUGAACAAAUUUCCAGUCCAACUUGACGAAUGCAGUAUUGCCUCGGAUUUUCAAAAGUUUGAUUGUACAUUAAUGACAUUAAGGCCAAAGGUAGCUCCAGAUAUGUGCCUCUCGAUAUCAGGUGAAAAACAGGAGUUGGGCAACUGGAAGUCGAUUGCAGAUCACCGAGUCUUGCUCCAUGCCUGCGAUGCGAGUUCAAAUGCACAGAAGUGGAAAGUGCAUGGCGACAUGAAAGGUGUUAGCGUAUGCGAACGGUUCGUCGUAGAUAUCGCGUUAAAUGGGAUAGCUGAUCAAUCUAGCCGUGAUGAAGACGGAUACGGCCCACAUCUAGCUAUAGACGGAGACUUGUCUUCCAGCUUGAAGGGUGGUUCAUGUAUUUUAACUAGUAACGAGAAAGAUCCUUGGUGGAUUGUUGAUCUGAGGAAAGAACACCUUGUAACAGACGUCAGUAUUGUUGGAGAAUCAGAUCAUCCUGAUCUUGAGCUCACGUCCAUUGAAGUUCGUGUUGGGAAUCUUCGACAAGCAUCACGAGCAUUCAUGCAAAACCCAAUGUGUGGUGAUAGGCUAAGAGAGAUUCAGGAUGGCGAAGUUUGGACGUCACAAUGUUGGCCUUACAUCGCUGGACGGUUCGUGUCAGUACAGAAGAUAGGUAUUGGAAAAUUAUCAAUGUGCGAAGUGGCUGUGUUUGCAAGACUUGAUAAGCAAGGGAAAUGUGUAGACGAGGUUCGACGUAAACGAAAUGAAGCUGCUCUCUACAGCCCAGGGUUAUAAAUCUUGUUAACACCUAAAUAAAAUAAAAUAAAUUGAAUUAAAUUAAAAUAAAUUAACAAAAUGUAAAACAAAGUCACACGAGCAUCAAAAGCAAAAUAGGUAUCAAAUUAAUUUUAAUCUUA